UUCCUGUCGUGUGGUGCAUUCAUUGCAGGCGAGGCAAUGUCCAAUUAUUCCAACGCACCGCUCAUCAAUCAAUCACUGAACAUGAAGAGUGCUUAGACAGAUAGAUCCAUAUACGUGUCGGUCUGUACACACACGGCGAGACGAUCGGAUCGACCACUCAUUUCCCUCCUUUGCAUGGCAUGCAGCCGGCCGGCAUUCCUCAUCGCCUUGUCCCGUUCAUCGCCGCAUCACUAAUGAUGAGGAUCGCCAGAGCUGGCGAUUCUCCUGGUUAGCGGCGCGGACCUGCGCGAGACAAGCCCGAAGAGACGGACAGCGCCCCAGAAACCACCCACGCACACCCGUCGAAAAACAAAGCGUCGCUCAUCUGUCGGGCCGGCCCGCCGGCUAUUCCUCCUCUUCCUCUCCUUGUUUGCCCAAGACGACCGUGUCGCCGCUCCACAGCGGCCCCUCCCGACUCUCCAACUCGUCACUCACAAACACAGACGGCUUGUGGCCCUGAACACACACACGCACCCCGACACAAUAAACACACAUCGAUGCCCAUUUAGGUCUGUCUGUCCGUGUGCUGACAUUGAUGGUGCUGACGGCCACGUCGAUCCGCAGGUCGUCGGUAUGGAAGGCGUACUUGGACCACACCUCAAACCCACCCAUCGCCGACAGCUUGAACUUGCCCCUGGCACGAGACAGACCACCCGCUUUCUUAUGCUCGUCGCCGGGAGAAGUGAUCGGCGCGCUGAGCGCCCGCAGCGUGUCCAUCGAGCAGCCCCGCAACACGCACAACGCCCGUCUGCUCGGGGGCUUCAGCGUGAGAUCAAGGAAUGAGGGCGAGUAGUUGACGGCGGUGCACCGCUGCUGCUUGCCGCAGGCCGUGAGGCACUCGUCGAGGUCGGCCACGUCGAAUAUGUUGCGGAGGUUUGGGCAUAGAUGGUCGGGGAUGACCUCGUCGGAGGCUACCAACGUCCAGCGGUCAGCCGGCGAGGCAUACCGAUCCAUAGCCAACGCUGCAGGCACGUGAGGAGAAGGAGAUGACGGCAGAGAGUGCGUAUGGUUCAUUUGGUGGUGGGCGCCCCGCCGUCCAUGUGGUGCCUUACCGCUCUUGAAGUCGAAUUUGUACACGAAUGGUCCGCUCUGAGGGGAGAACUUCAGCUGGACAGCCGGCAGCAAGCCGAUAUGGAUGUCGAGGCCGACACGGUUGAUGGUGACUGGCCGUGAUGCGUAACCUGAAGGGCUCCCCGACGACCGCACCCCGCCCGGCUGCACCUGUGAUGGCACGCUGACACGCAGAACGAACAAACCAUAUCGGUGUGCGUGUGUCAGAGGUUUCAGUGAUAGGUCGGUCGGUCACACUCACUCACUCGAUGAUGAGCAUGGCGGAUCGGCGGUCCUCGUCGGUCUCCUCGCCGUAUUUGGGGUAGACCGAGAGGGUGAAGGGGUCCAGGCCGCUCAGGGAAGUCGUCUGCUCGAGGGCUGAGCCCGCAGGCAGCCCACGCAACGACUGACAAGAGAAGGAAAGGACACAGAAAGUGAAGACACUUGCCGGCCUUGUGUGUCUGUUGUGGGCAUGAUUUGGGCGCGGCGCAUAUCAGACUGACCUUCUCGAAGUCCGCUAUGUCCCACCGCACCUUGGCUGCCCUUCGGUGGUACAGUGCCGACACCUCGCGCUUCAGGGCAUCAUUCUCGCGCUGCAGAGGCGACAGCUCACCACGGCUCACACCAUCCUGGACCAACACACGACACACGACACACAUCACAACCACCCGGAAGCGCCUCUCCCCUCCCCCUAAAGACCUACCACAGACGGUGAUCUCGCGCUGGUUGCGUGGUCAGAUGGCGGGACAUUCACGUGUGUCUUCGCUGCUGGUGGCUGGUGGGCGGGCUCGGGCUGGGCGGGACGGGGAGAGAUGGCCGUGAUGACCAUCACGAGCAGGUUGGGGAAGAAGGAAUAUCCCAGAGCCACCCUCGUGACGCCCAUGAAGAAGACGACACAGGCGAGGAAGGCCAGCCUCGAGCCACACUCCUGAAGAUUCGGCCGCAGCCACAUCCAUAGCUCAUCCGCCCACUCACGCGCACGCUCACGGGCAGAGCUCCUCUCUCCAGCCACCACAGCCGCCUCCGCACGGCUGUUUCCAUCAUCGCCACGCAUCAUGCUGAGAGAGUGGAUUGGUCCCAGGAUGGGUGGUGGCGGUGUGGUGUGCCAGUGCCACACCGGCGGCCGCGUGUGUGUGGCGGGGGAGGGGGUGGGCACGACGACAAAGUGCAGGUGGGGGAUGGAGUUGGUCGUCAGGGUGAGCAGCGUCACGUUGGCAGGGACCGGUGGGAGGGAGGCCAGGUGCGACUGGGCCGCGACAAGGAAUGAGUGGAGGUCCUUCUCCGUCGAUAUGGGAACAUAGCUCUUGUCUGGGAGGCUGCCUGCACGCCACGCAACACACAUGCACAGAAGUGAAUAACACCGCGCUGCACUUUGCCUCAGCAGUGCAUGUGUGCUUGUCACCUGCCAUGAUGCAGUCAUCUCCACACACAGCUAUGGCACUCUCGUUUGGUGCCCACCCGGACUGCGUGUCUGCAGAUGACGCCAGCACUUCGCUCGCCGUCAGCCGCACCUUAACCAUGCUCAUUCUCUCUGUCACCACCAGUGUGCUGAUCUGAUCUUUCUUGCCAGCGGCACUGACGACAACAGGCAGCCCAAACUCAGACAUUGCGCACCGUCCAGCGUUUUAAGUGGUCAUUCCUCUUUUCUGGGGAUACAGCAUCGUGCACCAUGAUGACUCCACCCUGCGUGUUUCAUGCCAG